CCUCACGACACCUCAAAAUGUCGUCCACAUCCACAUCCACUCCCACCACCCCACGAACAACCACGUUAACCACGCGCCGCAAACGCAUCAUCAUCGCCCUGACCGGCGCGACCGGCACCAUCCUGGGCAUCCACGCCCUCCUGGCCCUGCGGGCCCUCAACGUCGAAACCCAUUUGAUCGUGAGCAAAUGGGCCGAGAACACCCUGAAGUACGAGACGGACUACACGGCGGCCAACGUGCGCGCGCUCGCCGACUUUGCGUACAGCAACCACGACCUGGCGGCGCCCAUCGCCAGCGGCUCCUUCCGCGUCGACGGUAUGAUCGUCGUCCCCUGCAGCAUGAAGACCCUGGCCGCCAUCAACGUCGGCUACGGCGAGGACCUGAUCGCCCGCGCCGCCGACGUCAUGCUCAAGGAGCGCCACCGCCUCGUCCUGGUCACCCGCGAGUGUCCGCUGAGCAGCGUGCACCUCGAGAACAUGCUGGGCGUGACGCGGCAUGGGGCCAUCGUGUUCCCGCCCGUGCCGGCGUUCUACACGCGGCCCGCCGGGUUGGCGGAUGUGGUGGAGCAUAUUGUUGGGCGCGUGUUGGAUUUGUUUGGGUUGGAGGUGGAGGGGUUGCCGAGGUGGGAGGGCUUCGUGAAGGAUUGAUCUGG